GCGGAAGUAGAUAGGCUGAACCUUCUUCAUGAUGCCGACGUGGAUCGGCUGAACCAGACGAUGAACGAAUGCAGGGAGACAGUUUCGCGAGAACUCGCUCACAAAUGGACGGAGACAAUGAAGUCAGAAUGUAGCAAGUUAAAGCAGGAACUGAUUGAUCAGAGUGAAAGUGAGAAAAGAACAGCCCUCCUCCAGUUGUCGCGCCAGAAAGAUGAAGAGAUAGCUGCAACCCGAGCCCAGCAUGAGGCUCAGCUGGAGUGUCUCAAGAGCCAGAUUGAAGAGCUACAGUCCAGUCUAGACUCUGUUAAAUUAGAAGGUGAUGUAGACAAAGCCAGGCUGAAAUAUGAGCUAGAAAGGGAGAGAUCCCGUUUAAGCAAAGACCUGCUGGAGGCUGCAAAUGAGUAUUCCAGUAAGAUGAUGGCCAUGGAAAAGAAGCACAUGGAUGAGAAGGAAUUCCUGAGAGCUCAGUCAGAACGGGAGACAUAUGAUCUGGAAAGCAAGUUGAAGCAACGACACAUGGAAGAGCUUCAGAGCCAGAUGACAGCACAUAAGGCAGUCCUUGAGAAUACCAUCAAGCUGGAACAGAGGAACAAGCAAGAGGCACUGGAUGAGCUGAGAUCUAAGCACCAGAAUGAGACAGAAGCCUUGAGAAACAAGUUGGAACAGAAACUUACAACAGAAGUUGAUGCACUGAAACAGGCACAUUCUAAUGAGAUUAGAGUUGCCAGGAUGGAGCUGGACAGAGCGGUGGAAAUUUCCAAACAGAAGGAGAGGGAUUACCUGAUGCAGCUGGAGGAGCUUAAAGUGGAAAUAACCAUCAGAGAGCAACACAUUAAGAACCUGAAAGAUCAAGUUGCUCACCUGGAAGAAGAGAUCAGGAGACUGAAGAAGGAGAUAGAUGUCAAGACAUUGGAAGUACAGCAAGCACAAAGACAAGCAAGUCAGCAGCUGAUAUUACAAGAAGACAAACUGACCAGACAGAACCAAACAGCACAGGACAACUUGACAGCUGAUCACUUGAGGGAGAAACAGAUUAUGUUGAGUCAGUUCACCUCAGCCCAGGAUUUGCUGAAAGAUAAAAUUUCUUCUCUACAGAUAGAAGUGGAAGAAGCACACCAGCGUUAUCUCAAAAGAGAAUCUCGCCGUGAAGACCUGGAGCUGAUAGAUAAACUGAGAUGUGAGCUCUCUGAAAGAGAAACAAGAAUCAAAGACCUUAUUGAUGAAAAGAGAUUUUACCAGCUGGAACUAGUGAACCGGGAAACCAACUUUAAUAAAGUGUUUAAUGCAAACCCAAAUGUGGGCAUUCUAAAUCCCUUCCUGAAGCCAAGGAAGAAAGGUGAUAAACCAGGAAAGCCACCUGCUGGAGCUAGCUCAGCCAUGGGCAGCGGAUCCUCCAGUGGCCACCAGAGACUGGAGCCCUUGCCUGGAUCACCACUACAUGAUGGACUGCUGAACCCCACAAAACCACUGCCACUGCCAGGUUUUACCAAGAAAGUAGCCAACUGA